CAGUGGGAUGAGGUCAACCCUGCUUCCGAGCAGUUCCUAGAUCCGUUUUUUGUAAGCACCCCUCCCUCUCUCUUCCAUUUCUAUCCUCUUUCUUCUGCUUCCAAAACCAGACUCCAACAUUUCCUAAUUUGACUUCCAUUUCUCUGCAGACUUUGUUCAUUUGUUUGUCCAUGACCCCAAAUGAGGCCUCACAAGCCCUACUCCGCCGGCGCCACCCACGCCCUUAAGGCCCUCAAGUUCAUCGCCACCAAGACCGGCUCCGGUUGGGCUCCUGUUGAGAAGCGUUUCGAUGAACUCACCGCCGCCUCCUACGGCCUUCUCCCCUCCUCCUUGUUCGGAGACUGCAUAGGAAUGAACAAAAAAUCCAAAAAGGUCGCCGGAGAAUUAUUCCGAGCACUGGCCCGGAAGCGCAACAUUACCGGCGAUUCCAUUAACAAAGCACAGCUCAAAGACUUCUGGGAACAGAUCUCCGACGACAGCUUCGAUUCCAAGCUUCAGACUUUCUUUGACAUGGUGGAUACAGAUGCAGAUGUAAGAGUCACGGAAGAAGAAGUCAAAGAGAUUAUCAAGAUGAGUGCCUCUGCGAACAAGCUUUCCACAAUUCAGAAACAAGCAAGAGAGUAUGCGGCCUUGAUCAUGAAAGAAUUGGACUCUAGAAAUGCUGGCUACAUCAUGAUUAACAACUUAGAGACUCUAUUAUUGGAAGCCCCGAACCAAUCGGUGCGAGUGGACAGCCAAGUUCUGAGUCAGUUGCUGAGCCAAAAGUUGAAGCCCACAAUCGAGAGCAACCCCAUCUUAAGAGCGUACGACAAGUUCCUAUAUUUCGUUGAGGACAAUUGGCAGAGGAUCUGGGUGAUGAUGCUCUGGCUCGGCAUCGUAGGCGGCCUAUUCGCUUACAAGUUCAUCCAAUACCGCCACAAGGCCAUGGUCGUUUUAAUGGCCAUAGCCUUCACAUUGGCCACUCCAUGGUUCAGGAGAAACAAGUUGAAUGUACCAAAACCCCUCAAGAGGCUCACCGGCUUCAAUGCCUUUUGGUACUCACACCACCUCUUUGUCAUCGUCUACGUCCUUCUCGUCGUCCACGGCAUCUACCUCUACCUCACCAAGGAAUGGUAUAAAAAAACGACAUGGAUGUAUUUGGCGGUGCCGGUUUGUCUGUACGGGUGCGAGAGGCUUAUAAGAGCUUUCAGAUCCAGUAUCAAGCCCGUGAAGAUUCUCAAGGUGGCUGUGUAUCCCGGAAACGUUCUCGCGCUGCACGUGUCGAAGCCACAUGGGUUCAAGUACAAGAGCGGGCAAUACAUGUUUGUUAACUGUGCAGACGUAUCCCCCUUCGAGUGGCACCCAUUUUCAAUUACUUCAGCUCCAGAAGAUGAGUUUUUGAGCGUCCAUAUCCGGACACUUGGUGACUGGACAAGGCAGCUCAAGACUGUGUUCGAGGAGGUUUGUCAGCCUCCCCUAGCUCCAAACCCCAAGUUACCAAAAAUAUUGAUGGACGGUCCAUACGGAGCGCUGGCACAGGACUACACGAAAUACGAGGUGGUGCUGCUGGUGGGGAUGGGGAUCGGGGGGACGCCGAUGGUGAGCAUAGUGAAAGACAUACUCUACAACAUGAAGGAGGAUGAGAGAGAGGCGGAAGCGGAAGCGGAAGCGGAAGCGAAUGCAAUGGAGAAGGGGCAAGCGCAAGGGCAGAGGAGCCGACAGGGGAAAGGGUUCAGGACCAGGAAGGCGUACUUCCACUGGAUGAGUCGAGAGAAGGGUUUGUCCAAGUGGUUCAAAUGGAUAAUGAUGGAGGUGGCAAAGAUGGACGAGAGGCGCGUGAUCGAGGUUUACAAUCACCGCACCAGUGCGUACGAGGAGCGUGACACCCGGUCCGCCCUCAUAGCCAUGCUUCGGUCCCUGCACCGCGCCAAGAGCGGCCUCGACGUUGUCUCCAGGCGACGUGUCAAGUCCCACUUUGCAAAGCCCAACUGGCGCCAAGUUUAUAAGAUUAUCACUCUCAACCACCCGCACACUCACGUUGGGGUGUUUUAUUGUGGGGCACCGRCACURAYGAAGGAGCUGAAGGAGUUGGCUUCCGAUUUCUCCCGCAAGACAUCCACCAAGUUCGAGUUUCAUAAGGAGAUCUCUUCUAGUUUUGAAUCUGAUUAAAAAAAAAAAUCUAUAGAGUAUUUUAAUUAGCAUUUUUAAGGGGCAAUAGCGCAGCCGCCGCGUUACCCCUCGAUUCUUUUUUCUUUCCUUCAACUUGUAUCUUUAAUUUCUUUUGUUUUUUUUUCUAUUUAAGUUUUUUUUUCUUUUGUCCAAUUAUAUAUAUACACACGAAAGUAAAUAUGUAAUGUAGUGAUCCUAUGUCAACCAAGAAAAUCUAAGUUUGUUGUGAGAUUGGAUUCUCCAUAGGGAGCUUUUUUUUUCC